UCAACCCCGCGCUCUGGGACGUCGCAGGCGCAAGCCGGCAAGAUGGCUACGGCUGGAGCGGGCCGUCUGAGGCGGGCGGCAUCGGCCCUGUUGCUUCGGAGCCCGCGCUUGCCCGCCCGGGAGCUGUCAGCUCCGGCUCGGCUCUACCAUAAGAAGGUGGUUGACCAUUAUGAAAAUCCUAGAAACGUGGGGUCUCUUGACAAGACAUCUAAAAAUGUUGGGACUGGAUUGGUGGGGGCUCCAGCAUGUGGUGAUGUAAUGAAAUUACAGAUUCAGGUAGACGAAAAGGGGAAGAUUGUGGAUGCCAGGUUUAAAACAUUUGGCUGUGGCUCAGCAAUUGCUUCCAGCUCAUUAGCCACUGAGUGGGUGAAAGGGAAAACGGUGGAGGAAGCCUUGACCAUCAAAAAUACAGAUAUCGCCAAGGAACUCUGCCUUCCUCCUGUGAAAUUGCACUGCUCCAUGCUGGCUGAAGACGCAAUCAAGGCUGCCCUGGCUGAUUACAAACUGAAACAAGAACCCAAGAAAGGAGAGGCAGAGAAGAAAUGAGCCUUCAGAGAAGCCUUCAAGUCAUGUCAUCUGUUUGCCCACCCACCAUGCAGUUACUUUAGACAUUCAGAAGCCCCCAGCACUACAUAAAAGAGCUAUGAGAUAACACACAAGUUUCGCCAUUCACAUUGUGACUCGAGUGCAAGCAAAAUACAGAGUUUAAUUGUUCUGAA